AUGCACGCUUUCCUCCGAUCGACCAUCCUCGCAAGCGUUCUCACUUCUGCAUAUGCUCAGUACACUCCUCAGAGCUGCGAUUGGCUGAGCAACACCUGCAACAAGAAUGUGACGGAUCUGAACAACGUCUGGAAUAGCACCGCAUGCGCUCAAUAUGCGCUCUGCCAGCAGAACGAGAGGACACCCGCAUCCGUCCUCCAGUGGCUUGGCGCACCUACGGAUCAGCCACGCCUGACCCAGUCCGCCUUCAGCGGUUUGUCGCAGGGCGCAGACACGCUCACGAACGACACGUACAGCACAGGCUAUCAGGCGGCGGUGAAAGCCGCGGGUGGAACAUAUGACUCCCAGGCUGACGACCGUACCGUCAACGGCCAGUACCUCAUUGCUGCAGCGUGGACCAACAGCUGCGACGGCAGCAUCUCAUACUCCAGCCUCGCUGAUUGGUUCGAACAUUCGUCGAACCCCGGCACUUGCCCAGCUGUUACGUCGUGUGAUGGGCAGUACGCCGCCCUGAACAAGCCGUGCGGCACCCAGCCGGCUGAGGACAAUGGGUCGUGCAAGGCAAUUCGGGACCAGUGCGAGUUUUGGAUCACCCAGGGCGCGUGGCAGAACGAGUACUGCGCACUCGGCGCGAUGUGUUCGAGCGCGGAGGGGGCGACGCCCGACGUCAUGAUCCGUACGAUCUACCCAACCUACGUCAGCAACGAGGACAUCCCCACCGCUGGCUCUAUCGACCGUCUCAGCACGGACGCGUUUCAUAACAUGACCGGCGGUGCCGACACCAUGUCGCUACAGAACGCAAUUGACGCGUACUACGGUGCUCUCACUAACACCUGGACCUCGUUGGGUGGCCCCUUUGGUGCCGAGAGUCCCUCCCGUAGCGGCAAUAAUGGUCCUUACCCCACCUCAUCUGACUACAUCACCGGGUUUUGGAAGUCAGUUGCUGCGUGGACUGGUAACUGCGACACCCUCGAGAUCGGGUAUGACAACCUUGCAGACUGGUUCCAGUAUUCGUCGGAUAACAGCAACAACUCCACUUGCUGAGAGGGGGGCACAUUUUGCACUGGGCUUUAUUAAAGAGGUUUAAAAUUUCGCAUUCACCUUUCCGCCCGUUUAUCAGUCGAUUAUCUACUUUAUGGACCUUGUUUUGGAACUUGCGUAUAG